CGGACUUGCGCUUGGACUCCAGCCCCGCCCUCUCCCUGCUAUCCGCACUCCCCUUUACGAGGCGGUACCUGCUGCUGGGAGGGACAGACGGAGGAGCCAAUGAAAGCACGGAGACAGGCCCCUCCAUCCAUUCAGAGAGCGCGGUGGGGGCGGAACCUGGCGGCCUCCCCCGCCCUCUCCAGAGGACUCCCUGGGGGGCGGGGGUGGAAGACUGGGUCGAAGCAGAAGAGAGGUGGCGCAAGAGGACCAGUGAUGGAGGAGAAUCCGGACCCAGGGGAGGAGCGCCAGCCCUGCUCCGUGUCCGUGGUUCUGCAGGGAGAUGGCGCCUUGCAGGUGGAGAUCUCUGAUGCGGUCAGCGAGAGGGACAAAGUGAAAUUCACAGUUCAUACCAAGAGCUGCCUGCCACACUUCAGCCAGACUGAGUUCUCUGUAGUUCGGCAACACGAGGAAUUCAUCUGGCUUCACGAUGCGUACACAGACAAUGAGGACUACGCGGGCAUCAUUAUACCCCCAGCGCCCCCCAAGCCAGACUUUGAAGCUUCCCGGGAAAAGCUGCAAAGGCUGGGGGAAGGUGACAGCUCCGUCACCAGGGAAGAGUUUGCCAAGAUGAAGCAAGAGCUUGAGGGGGAGUAUUUGGCCAUCUUUAAGAAGACAGUAGCCAUGCACGAAGUAUUCCUGCAGCGCCUGGCUACUCAUCCUACUCUCCGGCGGGACCACAACUUGUAUGUCUUCUUGGAAUACGGCCAAGAUCUGAGCGUUCGUGGGAAGAAUAAAAAGGAACUGUUUGGCGGCUUUAUCAGGAACAUCGUGAAGUCAGCAGAUGAGGCUCUCAUUACCGGUGUGUCAGGACUGAAGGAGGUGGACGAAUUCUUUGAGCACGAGAGGACGUUCUUAUUGGAGUACCACACUCGCAUCCGGGAUGCCUGCCUGCGUGCGGACCGGGUCAUGCGCUCCCACAAGUGCCUGGCUGAGGAUUACAUCCCCAUCUCUGCCGCGCUGAGCAGUCUGGGCACACAGGAAGUCCACCAGCUAAAGACGAGCUUUCUCAAAUUGGCUGAACUAUUUGAACGUCUGAGGAAGCUGGAGGGCCGAGUAGCCUCGGAUGAGGACCUCAAACUGUCGGACAUGCUGCACUACUACAUGAGGGAUGCACAGGCAGCCAAGGACCUGCUGUACCGGCGGCUGAGGGCACUGGUGGACUAUGAGAACGCCAACAAGGCCCUGGACAAAGCCCGAAUGAGAAACCGGGAGGUUCGGGCCGCGGAGACCCACCAGCAGCUCUGCUGCCGGCGCUUCGAGCACCUGUCCGACUCGGCCAAGCAUGAGCUCAUGGACUUUAAGGCUCGCCGGGGAUCUGCUUUCCGAAAGAACCUCAUCGAGUUGGCGGAACUGGAACUCAAACAUGCCAAGGCCAGCACGCUCCUUCUAAGAAACACCCUCAUUGCCCUCAAGGGAGAACCCUAGCAUCCUCUCCUCCCUCCCUGGCCCAGUCCUGAACCCCAGCCCCAGCCUUGCCCACCCCACCCCUGGGGAAGGAGCCACAACACUUGGCAGAGGGGGUGUCCAGGCCAAGCCCCGAGCUCCCGGCUUCCAGAGAAAGACUGCCUCAGACCUACGGAGGUCAGACGCGCCAACGCCAGCAGUGUCUGCCCUCCGCUAACGGAAAUAAAGGUGCCUGCUUUGGACCCUG